CUCUGAUCCCAGGCAGUAGUGGUGCUGGUAGCUGUCGUGGCGGUUCUGGUGAUGCUGCUUGUGGUCGCAGUGGCACUCUCAGUCGAGCUGCUGGUCGCCGAUGCGGAAAUUCCUGCUCACCGCCGUUGCUGACGCCAACAUCGCGCUGCUGGUCUCCGUGCUGGUGCCCGAGACCGUAACGGCACUCCCCGUCAGGCUGCUGGCUCCAGUCGCGGACGUCAGUGUUACGCUGCUGGUCUCCGUGAUGCUGGCCAGCGUGACGGUGCUACCUGACGUCAGGGUGCUCGUCGUGGCCGUGGAGCUCGACGUCGCGCUGCCGGUCCCCGUGCUGCUCACUUCAGCCCUGAAUAAUGCUGCCCUCCGUCAGACUGCUGGAAAUGGUGGUAGAACUCAAUGUGGUGGUGCUGGUCUUCGAACUGCUGACCGUAGAAAUGGUGCUAC